UAUUACAAGCGGUUGCUGCAUAUAGUAAUGGGAUAUACAAAUACUAUAAAGUAAAAAUAAGCAAAUAAAAAAUCAAGAUGUUUCAUAAUUGAUCGUUAUACCUGAAAAAUAGAAUAAGUCGUCAUUUAUUUGAUAUUCAACGCAGUUAAUAUGUUAAUUUUAGACAUAAUUUUUAUAAAAAUAUUUUUUAUACGUUUAACAAUUGCAUAUGAAAACGAAAACAAAGAUCAGGACAGGUUUGACAUGGUACCGCAUCACCAUACUCGUACUCCUCGCCUCGAAGACUUCUUCUGGACGGGGUCAGGGGAUGGUCCUCCGCCCCCUGACCUAUCAGCACCGGUUCAAACACCCACCACCCCCAUCAUCCAAACAACGACCGUACUCGCUACCGUCUACCUGGAUUCUUAUCCCCCACAGGCGGUGACGGAGGGUACCAGCGGCGAGUGUACCAACUGCGAGGUGACGCCGGACAGUCUGGAUCCAGACAUCCCUGAGGACAGGAGGUACUGGCUCCUCACUGUCAUACAGGGAACCACACCCGACAGUCUACAACUGAAGUUAGCCAGAUUAUAUCAAAAGGCUUUCUUGAGACAACAAGAACGACAUCUAGGCAUAAUAAAAUCAUUAGAUGCUCCUCCCGCAAGAAAGAAACACGACGUACAUUCUUUCGUCGUAAACAAAGCCAAAGAAUUUAAUGAAAUUCAUACAAAUACUGCCAAAACCCCUGUAAAAUUUUAUGAAAUAGAAAGUUCCACCUUAGACGACUUAAAUGUCAAUAAUUUUAUAUACAAUAAUGAAAAUGCCUCAUAUAGUUUUAAUAUUUCGCAAGAUAGUAAACAUUUAGAAAAUAUAGAAGUGUUCUCUGUAAGUAAUUCUAACGUUAAAGGCACUAAAGUUAGUGAAGUAGAAUCUUGGUUUCUCGUAACACCAACAGUAGUAGUUAGUAGAAGAAGCGUAGAAGAAAUAGAGUUUAAUGAUAAAGAAGAUAUCAUAGAUCUACCGCUAGAAGAUGACGUUAAUGACACCGUCCUGUUCAAACGUGAAAUAAUCAAACCGGAACAACAGCCGCCGGUUCAAGUGCAAAUACAAAACAUUACUGAGUCCACCGGCAGCGUUCAGAUUGUGUACGUGGUGUUAGUCGGUGGACGGGCAGUUCCGGCUGCAGUAGCCGCCAGGGAUAUGAGACUGGUGAGAGACGCGGAAGUAGCCACGGAACUGGGGGCUAUUGUGACCACAAAGGCGGAGCCAGCGUACCUGAAGGCGGCUGAGGGUCUGGAGGCGGCAGGGUCAGUACAAGGCACGGAGCUGUGGGCCCUUUUAGUGGGAUCCGUGGUAGCUGUGCUGCUACUCCUGGUGCUAUUCAUCUUGCUGUGCUUUGCCCAUCGGCGGAGAAAGCAAAUAAAAUCAGCGGCGUCAAUUCGCGCCUAUCAUCACGAGAUGAUGAUGGAGGCGGAGAGGAAGCAGAUGAAACAGAUCACAGACGAAAGAGACGGAAAGUUAGUGAGUGUCGUGUCACCCAACAGGACGAGACCUAGCAGUGUUCUGUUACCGGUCUACAGAACGGGUAGUGUCUCAGGUUCGUCGUCAUCGUCAUCGGGUGUGUCGGAGCUGGCGGCCGCCUUACGAAGGAGACAUAAGAAACCACGCGCACUGAGACUAGCGCACAGGAAACGAGCCGUGGGUACUACGGACAGUCUUCUUCAAGCGGCCGGCGUGGACAGCUCUGACCCCGGAUCACCACCAACACCUACCUCAUACCUCUCUAUGCCUUCUGUUAAUGCUUUUCCAAGAGGUAACACGGUGGAACCUCUGUCCAAAAUCCUGGAGCCGAUAUCAGUUCGUCACCUGGACCUGGAUUCCACAUCUUCGACCCCCAAAAAAUCCAAGAACGUCGUCCCACGACGACAGAUGCCGUCUCAGCUGGUGAGACUCGGCAGUAUUGAUAAAGACCCCGGAGUUAUAGGACCCCUGGUUUGGGACCUUCAUUGUCAGAGGAUCAAGGACACAUCGAAGCCGUCAAGUCCGGCUCAGUCCAAAGUACCCAGCAACCGGAUGAGGCAGAGGUUCAAUGACCUGAUGGAUGACGCCUACACAUUAUUUGGCAGCGCCUCCAGCGCCACCGACAAGAGAGACACUGACCACGUUCCCGAGCUGGUGACGCAGGCCCGUAACGAGGAUGUGAGGGUUCCGACCACGAGGGGAAGCUCGGCGGGACUGAGUCGUCCGUCCGCGUUGGAACCCUCGUCUCGAGCCCGCACCGCAGCCCCGCGGUCCGUCAGGCCUCCGCCCUCCGCCGCCUGGACUGACGCUCCUACGGUCAACCCUUCGUUGAUAGUGGCGGAGGGUCGCCUGGACCCGGCAGACCCCGCGCUGCCUAUCAUAUCAGCGAUACAAAGCGAGAUAAAACGCGUCAGAGAUAACGCCCGACCUCAGUAGCAUACAAUAGAAGUACACUAUAAACUAAACACCCUGUAUAAGUUCAUAUAUACUAAUGUAUGAAACUCAGUACAACGCUGCUUACAUCAGCUGUUGAUUUUCGAUUAUAAUAUCAAUGUGAUUUGUAUGCUAAUUUUGUUAAUUUUUAUACAUCUCGUUUUAUUAAGAGAAAAGUAUGUCUUUCUCUAGUGUUGUUUUACAAUUUAAUUAAAAACAUUAUUAUUAUUAUUAUUAUUAUUAAAUAAUUUAUCUGAUUGUGAUUUGUUAAACAUUUAUCAU